AUGUCCUUCCGAUCCUCCGCGUCUCUGCCAGUUUUGCAGUGCAUGGCUGCUCGUGCCCUGAAACCUCAGACAAUUGCACCUACUCUUGUUAGAGCUUACGCCAAGCCUGCCGCUGCUGCUGCCGCCUCCUCUGGCAACAAGGCUUCUUCUAAGCAAAUUGCUGCUCAACGUGAGCGUGCUCUUGCUCAGGCCCAGAUCAAGCGCAAGGAACAGAAGCGCAUGGCACGUCUGCGUCUUGAAGCUAAGCGUGCACUGGACACACAACUUUUCCUUGACACUGCCACUGCUAUUAGAUACCUGCGUGCUGCUGAAGUUGGUCACCCCGCUGAGUCUACCACUCUUACUAUGACUGUUCGCGUCAUUGCUGACAAUGGUGUUCAAGCCCUUGCUGGUUCCGUUCGCCUGCCAAAGGGUCUUGACACUGACCAACGCAUUGCUGUCUUUACCCUUAAUCCCGAACUUGCUGCUGCUGCCAAGGAGGCUGGUGCCGCUGUUGUUGGAGGUGAGGAUCUUAUUGAGCAGGUCAAGAACGGUGUUAUUGAUUUCAACAAGGCUUUAGCUACCCCUGAUAUCCUUGCAAAGCUUGGCCCUAUUGCCCGUGUUUUGGGUCCCAAGGGCCUCAUGCCCUCUGCCCGUAGAGGCACUGUCUCUAACGAUAUUGUUAAGCUCAUUGGCGAUUCCAUCGGUGUCAUUGAUUUUCGCCAGCGCUCCAUCGCCACUGUUUCUUUACCUGUCGCUAAGGCCUACUUCACUGAUGCCGAGAUUGUCAAGAAUUUGAUUGUGGCUAUCGAUACUGUUCGAGAAACCGCAAACAAAAUCCAAUCCAAGCGACCUAUUGUUCUUGGCCAGACCACCCUCAGCUCAACUCACGGCCCUGGAAUUGUCAUUGACGUUUAG